UGUAAUCUUCAUAUUGAUUGAUACUUACCCCCCCUCCCCGUCUGUCAGUCUUUUCCUCAGAAUAGGUUUAAUCUUGGUGUACAGCAAUGUCUAAAAGCGAGACCGAGGAGAUGAUAGAGAUCGAGAUCGAUGGACAGGAGAAACAGGAGUGUCUGGAGGAGGGGUGAGUUAUAUAUUUUACAAUGUGAACAGGCUCCCAUAAGCCCAUCAAUUCAAACCCAGCUCUCUCCCUACUACUGAUGACUUAACAUUACUAUUUGUGUGUUUUCGUUUGUGUGGUUGUCAUUUUCAGGGUUGAGGAGCAGACCAUCACAUCAGCCGAUCUGAUCCAACAGGACAUCGACAUCAAUGAGCCAAUCGGUAACCUGAAGAAGCUCCUGGAGCCCCGUAUCCAGAUGUCUUUGGACGGAUAUGAGAUCUGUCUACAGGACAUCCAGGUACUGAUAGAGGCCUGUAUUUCAAGCAGACCACCGUAGUCCAUGUGCCCAAGAACACUAAGGUAACCUGCCUAAAUGACUACCGACCUGUAGCACUCACGUCUGUAGCCAUGAAGUGCUUUGAAAGGCUGGUCAUGGCUCACAUCAACACCAUUAUCCCAGAAACCCUAGACCCACUCCAAUUUGCAUACCGCCACAACAGAUCCACAGAUGAUGCAAUCUUUAUUGCACUCCACACUGCCCUUUCCCACCUGGACAAGAGGAACACCUACGUGAGAAUGCUAUUCAUUGACUACAGCUCAGCGUUCAACACCAUAGUGCCCUCAAAGCUCAUCACUAAGCUAAGGACCCUGGGACUAAACACCUCCCUCUGCAACUGGAUCCUGGACUUCCUGACAGGCCGCCCCCAGGUGGUAAGGGUAGGUAACAACACAUCUGCCACGCUAAUCCUCAACACGGGGGCCCCUCAGGGGUGCGUGCUCUGUCCCCUCCUGUACUCCCUGUUCACCCAUGACUGCAUGGCCAGGCACGACUCCAACACCAUCAUUAAGUUUGCAGACGACACAACACUGGUAGGCCUGAUCACCGACAACGAUGAGACAGCCUAUAGGGAGGAGGUCAGAGACCUGGCCGUGUGGUGCCAGGAUAACAACCUCUCCCUCAACGUGAUCAAGACAAAGGAGAUGAUUGUGGACUACAGGAAAAAAACGAGGACUGAGCACUCCCCCAUUCUCAUCGACGGGGCUGUGGUAGAACAGGUUGAGAGAUUCAAGUUCCUUGGUGUCCACAUCACCAACAAACUAUCAUGUUCCAAACACACCAAGACAGUCGUGAAGAGGGCACGACAAAGCCUAUUCCCCCUCAGGAGACGGAAAAGGUUUGGCAUGGGUCCUCAGAUCCUCAAAAAGUUGUACAGCUGCACCAUCCAGAGCAUUCUGACUGGUUGCAUCACCGCCUGGUAUGGCAACUGCUUUGCCUCCGACUGCAAGGCACUACAGAGGGUAGUGCGUACGGCCCAGUACAUCACUGGGGCCAAGCUUCCUGCCAUCCAGGACCUCUAUACCAGGCGGUGUCAGAGGAAGGCCCUAAAAAUUAUCAAAGACUCCAGCCACCCUAGUCAUAGACUGUUCUCUCUGCUACCGCACGGCAAGCGCUACCUAGGUCCAAAAGGCUUUUUAACGUCUAGGUCCAAAAGGCUAGGUCCAAAAGGCUUUUUAACAGCUUCUACCCCCAAGCCGUAAGACUCCUGAACAGCUAAUCAUGGCUACCCAGACUAUUUGCAUUGUCCCCCCCCCCAUCCUGCUGCUGCUACUCUCUGUUUAUUAUCUAUGCAUAGUCACUUUAACUCUACUCACAUGUACAUAUUACCUCGACUAACCGGUGCCCCCGCACAUUGACUCUGUACCAGUACCCCCUUUAUAUAGCCUCCCUACUGUUAUCUUAUUUUACUGCUGCUCUUUAAUUAUUUGCUAUUUUGUAUUUUUUACUUAACACUUUUAUUUUUUUUAUUUUCUUAACUGCGUUGUUGGUUAAGGGCUUGUAAGUAAGCCUUUCACUGUAAUGUCUACACCUGUUGUAUUCGGUGCAUGUGGCAAAUAACAUUUGAUUUGAUUUAUUUAUGGGGUUGAAAUAUCUGCCCAACCUGAUCAGACCUGAUACUGAUGGAGCGUCUCGUGUGUUUUAGAGUUCAUCAUUUGAUGGAGAAAUAUGUUUAGAGUUAUCUAAUUUCUUUUGAUCUCCCUUUCUGACCCUCCCAUUGGCUCCCUCCUCUCUUAUUAAUCUGCCAUUUUCUCUCUCCCUCUCCCUCUCCUGUCCACUUUCUCUUUCUUUCUGUCUCUCCAGCUGCAUCCAGACCACAGCCUCUUUGAUCAGGGAGUGAAGACAGAUGGCACAGUGCAACUCAGCCUACAGAUCAUCACCAAGCCAGGUACACACACAAGACUCUGCACCAAGACUUUAUCAAAACCCAGGCACCCAAACUAUAGACGCACACAAAUGUUGCACCAUAACAAUUAGACUGUCGAUACUAUUGAAUCACACUCUAACCUCCACUCACCCCCCUGCCUCCUUUCAUCCAGGCGAGGAGAAGCUGAACAUCCUGGAGAUCGUGAAGCCGGUGGAGACGGUGGAGGUGGUGAUCGACCCAGAUGCAGCGGGGGAGGAGGGCACCCUGAUGGAGGAGGGCCAGCUGAUCGCGGUGGAGCGCUCCUCCCUGUCAGACGACACGUCGGAGCAGGUGACCCGCUGGGCCGCCGCACUGGAGGGCUACCGCAAGGAGCAGGUCCGCCUGGGGAUACCCUACGGUGAUGAGUACACACACUUACAUUGAAACACAAACACAUUAAUAAGACACAACGCAGAUAAACACACACACACACUCUGAAAAACAUAAUUAAUCAGGCAGUUACACACCAUUGUACAAAGUGAGACCAGUUUGCUGCAGUUGCCUUGACAUUUUUAACAGACAAGAAAGCUGUAGUCAGCAUUGUCACAGUCUUGUAAUGUGUCUCUCUCCUCUCAGACCCAGUAGAGUGGACGGCGGACCAGGUGAUCCACUGGGCCGUGUGGGUGAUGAAGGAGUUCAGCAUUGACGAGAUGGAGGUGGGAGGGAUUCACAUCCUGGGUCGCGACCUCUGCACCUUCACCCAGGAUGAGUUCCUGCAGAGGGUCCCCAGUGGAGAGAUCCUCUGGAGCCACCUGGAGCUGCUUCGCAAGUGUGAGUGUGUGUUGUAGCUACUCUGUGUUGAGUCAGUGUGUUAGGGGCUAGCCAAUUUCAAGCCUAAGUAGAGCCAUAAUAACCAUAUUGUUUACACGUGCCUGGUCCCUUCCCACUGGGAACAGACGUCAAAUCAAAUUGUAUUUUUCACAUUCGCCAAAUACACCAGGUGUAGACUUUACCGUGAAAUGCUUACUUAUGAGCCCUUUCCCAACAAUGCAGAGUUAAAUAUGACAAAAAACAGCUAAAUAAAAAUAGGAAAUAGUUUCACACAAUAAAAUAACAAUAAAGAGGCUAUAUAAAAGGAGUACCAGUACCGAGUCAAUGUCCAGGAUACGAGGUAGUUGAGGUACAUGUAGGUAGAGGUAAAAGUGACUAGGCAAUUAGGAUAGAUGAUAAACAGAACAGCAGUGUGUGUGUGGCAAUGUGUGUGUGAGAGAAUAUGUAGUAUGUGUGAGUGUGUGGGUAGAGUCCAGUGAGUGUGCAUAGAGCUGGUGCAAGCGAGUCAGUGCCCCCCAAAAAAGGGUAUCAAUGCAAAUAGUCCGGGUAGCAAUUUAAUUAAAUUUUCAGCAGUCAUAUGGCUUGGGGAUAGAAGCUGUUCAGGAGCCUUUUGGUCCCAGACUUGGCGCUAAGGUACCGCUUGCCUGAGGGGGAAGAUGCGUUGUCGCGCCCUCUUCACGACUUUGUUGGUGUGUUUGGACCAUGAUAGGUCCUUAGUGAUGUGGACACCGAGGAACUUGAAGCUCUCAACCGCUCGGCCCUAGGUUUCAUGUAGUUCACAAUCAGCUCAUUUGUCUUGCUGAUGUUGAGGGAGAGGUUGUUGUCCUGGCACCACACUGCCAGGUUUCUGACCUCCCUAUAGGCUGUCUCAUUGUCGUCUGAUCAGGCAUACCACUGUCGGCAAACUUAAUGAUUGUGUUGGAGUCGUGCGCAGCCACGCAGUCGUGGGUGAUCAGGGAGUACAAGAAGGGACUGAGCACGCACCGCUGAGGGGCCCCCGUGUUGAGGGUCAGCGUGGCGGAUGUGUUGUUGCCUACCCUCACUACCUGGGGGCGGCCUGUCAGGAAGUCCAGGAUCCAGUUGCAGAGGGAGGUGUUGAGUCCCUGGGUCCUUAGCUUAGUGAUGAGCUUGGAGGGCACAGCUUUCUCACCUUUUGUCCAGGUGGGAAAGGGCGCAGUGGAAUGCAAUAGAGUUUGCGUCAUCUGUGGAUCUGUUGGGGCGGUAUGCGAAUUGGAGUGGGUCGAGGGUGUCUGGGAUGAUGGUGUUGAUGUGAGCCAUGACCAGCCUUUCAAAGCAUUUCAUGGCUACAGCUGUGAGUGCUACAGGGCGAUUAGUCAUUUAGACGGUUACCUUGGCGUUGUUGGGUACAGGGACUAUGGUGGUCUGCUUGAAACAUGUAGGUAUUACAGACUGGGUCAGGGAGUGGUUGACAAUGUCAGUCAAGACACUUGCCAGCUGGUCAGCGCAUGCUCUUGAGUAUUCAUCCUGUUAAUCCGUCUGGUCUUGUGAAUGUUGACCUGUUUAAAGGUCUUACUCACAUCUGCUAUGGGGAGUCUAUUCCACGUUGGUUUCAUUGACAUGACGUGGAAACAACAUUGAUUCAACCAAUUUGUCCCCAGUGCGUUCAGUACUGAAAAUUCUGAAGGGAUAGAGGCUAGGAAAAGGGGAUGGGAGCCUGGGCAAGCAUGUUAAUUGAUACAUCCUGUAUCUGUCCCUGUUCUUUACAGAUGUGUUGGCCAGUCAGGACCAGUCUGGCCAGGAGGCCACAGUCACCAUUGACCAACGUACGUUUAUUUCCUGUCUCUCUGACUCCGUGUCACCCUGAAUGCAUCUACCACACUAUCUUGUUUUCCUCUGUGUGAGUUGUUGCCUGUGGGCACAGAUCUAGGAUCAGCUUACUUUUAUCCAAAUUCUUACCUGUGCAAACAUGGGUAGGAACAGCAAACUGACCAUAGAUCAGUGUCUAACUUAAUCCUGUAUGUUUCUAACUGUUUGAACCUUCUGUCUCCGCCCCCAGAGGUCCAGAUCAUCCCGGCCGCUGUGCAGACCACACCCACCACCAUCAAGGUGCUGAAGCAGAGCCGCGGCCCCAAAACACCCCGCAUCUCCGGAGGAGAGGAACGCAGCUCACCUGGCAACCGCACAGGUACGCAUACAACGUGUGUGUUUUUUGUGUGUGUGUGUGUGUACACCUUAAGAGCAUAAGUCUUGGUAUGUUUUUUAAAAUGAGUGCAUUAAUGGUGUGUGUAUGUGCAUGUGCUCAAAUCUGAUGUGGAUGUACACACACACACACACACACAAACGUCCUCUCACCUGUCCCUGCAGGUAACAAUGGUCAGAUCCAGCUGUGGCAGUUCCUUUUGGAGCUGUUGACUGAUAAGGACGCUAGAGACUGUAUAUCCUGGGUGGGAGAGGAGGGGGAGUUCAAACUCAACCAGCCUGAACUGGUGGCCCAGAAAUGGGGCCACCGCAAGAACAAGCCCACCAUGAACUACGAGAAACUCAGCAGAGCGCUCCGGUAUGUCACUCCUCCUGUUUCUUUCCCUUUUCCUCUCUUUAAAAUUUUUGUUGCAUACGUUCAAUAUCUCUUAUCUUAUGUCUUGAACUCUCUUGUCUUGUUUAAUUUGAACCCUUUACACUCAUGGGAAUUGUCCUAAAUGGAUAGGGCUAAAUUGAAAGGUUUCUUACAGAAUAAAUAUGAAAUUCAUAUGCAUAAGCAUGGUAGCAAUUGAAUGGGAACAGUUUGGAGAUUAUGGGAAAAUGAUUAGACCAAAGGUGCGUACACAACAGUUAACCUGACACAAGACUGAAUUCAAACAUUACACUGUCGAUUGUUUUGUUGUUGUGCAUUUUCCAUUUACUGUACUUUUCGCCGCAUUUGUUGAUAAUUAAAUAUGAACAUACUGUGAAUACAUUCAGUAUCAUAAUUAGAAUAUUCCUGGAAAAUGUGGUAGGUGCAACAUAAGAAAGAAAGAAAGAAAGAAAGAAAAAGACUAACUGGUGUCUCCAAGUGGCCACACACCUCUCCAAAGUGCACAACCCAGGGUAUGACGCCAUGUCAUCUUGUAACUGUACAUCAAACAUAGUGACCAUAAACGUUGACACUGUAUAUGACAUUAAUUUUAUGAUAUGGAAAUGUGAAGUGCACUUUUGGACUCACGGGUGUUUGCUUGCUUGUAUGACAUAAUCCUCAACAUCUCAUCUUUCAAAAUACAUAGUGUCCUCUUAAUUUACAGCAUUUCCCGCACUCCUACAACAAAACAUUUGCAAAAGUUACCCAAUUAGCGGGAGGGAUGGGUGCAACUUCUUGUCGCGUGCAAUGCUCAAGUUCAGAACGGCUGUCAGUCAAUACCCAUACGGCGCUGUGAAGCGUAGCAUCUGAGCUCUGACAAUUUAUAGCAUGUAACUGUACAGCCACUGCGUUCCAAUUUAGGCGCUUACCGAUGCACAAAUCUGCCAUUUUCAACCCUUAUACGGGUACGACUGUAAAGGGCUACUUAAUCUGAUUAUUUUCUCAGGUAUUACUAUGACGGGGACAUGAUCAGCAAAGUACAGGGCAAGCGCUUCGUCUACAAGUUUGUGUGUGACCUGAGGACUCUGAUUGGCUACAGCGCUGCCGAGCUCAACAACCUGGUGACGGAGUGUGAGCAGAAGAAGCUGGCCCGCAUUCAGCUGCACGGAAUUGGCCAGCCCAUCACCACUGUGUACACCUCCACACAGGACAGCUGAGGGGGGAGGAGCCUGGGGCUCUCUAAGGGUAGAAGUUGCCCAUAGGCACAGAUCUAGGUUCAGACUACUAUGACCAGCCCUAAGCUUAACCAUUAGGAGGUGGAAAUGAUAAACUGACCUUAAAACAGUGUCUAUGGGCAACUUCAUCCUACUCCUUUGGGUUUGAUUGGAGAAGGGGCUGAGGCAGGAUGGGGAGGUUGUUUUCCUAUUUUAUUUUAACCAGGUCGGAGAUGCUUGUUGGAGGGGAGGGAGAGUGUCUGUGUAUGUGUGCAUGAGCGUUUGAGUGGAGUGUGUGCGUAUGUUUGAAAAUGAAAUAUGAGCUUUGCAUUUUUUUUGUUCCUUUAUCUGUAGCUUAGUAUCGUUUCCAUUGUAUAUACCGGUACUCAAUGUUUUUGAUAGCCACAAGGACAGUGUAUUUUCAUAUUUUCCAUUUAUAAAGGAUCUGUUUUGUAUUUUAUUUUGAGUGUGUUUCCCUGAUGAGCUGGACCUUUUCUGUCCUCCAGGGGGAAUAA